CCUCCUUUUCUCUCCUCCUAUGGCUAUGUCUAUGCCUAUGGCUAUGGCGUCUGCACCUAUCAAUCCCUAUAUAUACACAUCUCUCUCUAUCUAUACCCUCUCUAUUUAUCUGUGUCUGUAUGCAUAGCAACCUCUGAACCACCACUGACGUGCUUCUCACUCAUCAUCAUCUUUCAAUUCCAUGGUUGAGGAAGGAUAUUAUUGAUUAUUCAUAACGCAGCACAUUCGCACACCGGCGGCGGAAGAGGAAGGAGAGGUAAAGAGAUCGGCGGCUAAUGGAGGAGGAAGGCAGGAUUUCGAGGUUCAAAAGGAUUUGCGUUUUCUGUGGUAGUAGUUCAGGGAAGAAGCCUAGCUAUCAGGAGGCCGCGGUUGAACUCGGCAGAGAACUGGUGGAGAGAGGGAUUGAUUUGGUCUAUGGAGGUGGAAGCGUGGGUCUAAUGGGUCUUGUUUCUCAGGCAGUUCAUGAUGGCGGGCGCCAUGUUCUAGGGGUUAUUCCAAGAACUCUUAUGCCUCGAGAGAUUACAGGCCAAACUAUCGGAGAAGUGCGCCCUGUGUCGGAUAUGCACCAAAGGAAGGCUGAAAUGGCUAGACAGGCUGAUGCAUUCAUUGCACUUCCGGGUGGUUACGGCACACUCGAAGAGUUGCUUGAAGUUAUCACAUGGGCUCAGCUCGGAAUCCACUGUAAACCGGUGGGGCUGUUGAAUGUAGAGGGUUUCUACAACUCAUUGCUAUCGUUCAUCGAUAAGGCCGUGGAUGAAGGCUUCAUUUCCCCGACUGCUCGUCGCAUCAUCAUCUCCGCACCCACCGCGAAGCAGCUCGUCCGAGAGCUCGAGGAAUAUGUUCCGGAGUACGAUGAAAUAACAUCGAAAUUGAUAUGGGAAGAGGUGGAAAGAAUAAAUUAUGGUGCCGAAUCUGCAGGUGUUCCUACAUCAUAAUAAUAAAUAAAUAAAUAAAAUAUAAUAAUAAUAAUAGUAUAUAUAUAUAUAAGGUGAUGAAGUUUAGUAGUAGUAUUGAGUGCUUACUACUAGUGUUAAUGGUUUUUUUGGGGGGGUUUGGUAGUUAUAUACGUAUUUCCUUUCCUUCCUUUCUGGUCAGUAUAUACACCAAACCCCUUUUACUCCUUCCUUUCAUCUAUUAUUAUUAUUAUUAUUAUUAUAUUUCAACGACCAACAACUGAAAAAUCAAAUAUAAAAUCAAAUAUAUAUAUAUAUAUAUAAUAGAGAUUGAUGAUAAUGAUGAUGCACAGGAACUUUUUGUUUAUUUGAUGCUAGGUAGGUAGGUAGGGAGGGGUAAGUAGCUAUGCUAUAACGAUAGCUGUUGUACUCAAUACUGAU